AGUAAUAUGAGUGACGAAGAAGAUCGUACGUGUUACGUCUGUAACUUCUCACAUGAAGUAACGAGUGAUUUGUUAGAGGAGCUGUUUACACAGGUUGGUCCACUUGAAAAAGUGUCGCUUACUGAGAAGAAUGGACAUCGAUUUGCUAUGGUUUUGUUUGAAGAUGAUGUAAGCGUUCCAUUUGCAGUGGAAACUUUAGAUGGAAUCCAUAUGUUUGGUAUUCCGUUGACGGUAAAACCUAGAAGUGGAUCGAAACACGAUAAGAGGAGAUCGUUUGAUUCUAAGCGCCGAGACACUUAUCUGCCUCACUCUUCUUCUUAUCCGGAAAGCCAUAAAAGGGACUACAAUGGACGAAUUACCAGUUACGAAGAGCGUCAUGACAACCAUUAUCGAGGCUCCCCUUAUACGCCAUCAAUGGCACUGCCCACUCCACCUCCUCCUCCUCCGCCGCCGCCUCUUCCUCUUUCAGACCCUUAUCCAAGCCUAAAAAUACGUCCAGUUGCUCGAUCUGAUUCAUCUACGCCCAAAUCAAGUUUUAAAGGAAGACCAGGAAAUGAUCAGAGGAGGACUUUUCCAACAAAGCCGUCCGAUACAAGGAUAUUUGAAGCCGAAAUGAAUGGUCGUGAAAGAUGGCAUCCUCAUCGCGGCGGCAGAGAUGAUCGUUUCAAAUACCGGAAUUCAAGUUUUACGAGCCGCUCAGGUAGCAGCUCAAGUCUUGAUUAUAGGCGGUAUUGAUCAGUUCUCGAAACCAUUAUGUCUCUCCAUUCAUCGAUUUUGUAUCACUUGC